AUGACUUCCAUCCUGUUACAAAACGCUACUUUGUUGGUCCCUUGUGGCCCUGGCGAUGAUCAUAUCAUCCCACUCAAGAACCAUUCACUGUUGAUUGAGGGCAACAAAAUUUCUCGUAUCGCUGCGCAAAUCGACCCGCCGUCUGAAGCAACUGAAGUGAUUGACUGCACGGCUAAGCUUAUCACGCCAGGCUUCAUUGACACGCACCAUCAUGUCUGGCAAACACAAGUGAAGGGUAGACAUGCAGACCACAGCUUGUUAGAGUACAUGGCACCUGGAAACAUGGUAUCGCGUAGCUACAAACCAGAUGAUGUCUUUUGGGGACAGCUAGGUGGAUGUCUCGAAGCACUGGAAGCAGGAACAACCACCAUUGUUGACCAUGCACACAUCUCAUACACCCCCGAGCAUAAUAAUGCGGCUUUGUCGGGAACCAUCUCAUCUGGUAUUCGCUCUGUGUAUUGCUAUACUCCGACAGGAAGAGUCAAGACCUGGAAGCCAUUUGAGUUUGAAGAAACUCUUAUCCCAGACUGGGUCAUGGAACAGUUGACAGAACUGUGUCAACGCGGUCCUCUCGGCGACGGACGAGUUACAAUGGGCUUUGGAUUCGACUUUUACUUUCUUCCAAAGGAAGUCCUUGUCGGCAUCUUUGGCAAAGUACGAGAGUUGGGAAUCAAGACUAUCACGUCUCAUUAUGUGGCUAGCCUGCUUGAGGACUCUCUCGUAGAUCUGCUGGAAGGCUAUGGUCUGUUGGAGAAAGACAUUCUGUUGUCUCACGCGACUCCACUGAAUGACUCAGAUGCUGAGAAACUCAAAAAGGUUGGAGCAGCUGUCUCCUCGACUCCCGAAACUGAGCUCCAAAUGUCCCAUGGUUGGCCAGUGUGCUUUCAGGAAAAUUGCACCUCUAUCAGUUCUCUGGGCAUCGACUGCCACAGCAACAACAGUGGGAGUAUCGUAACACAGAUGAGAAUUGCAAUUCAGGCUGAGCGCUCUCGUCGCAACAACAAAAUCCUCGACACUGGCAAAUUCCCUGGGCAAAUCCAAGUAAAUGUUCAAGAAGCCUUUCAGUUGGCAACAAUUCGUGGUGCAAGGGCGAUUCACAUGGAAGACCAAAUCGGGUCUCUGGAAGAAGGCAAGAUUGCUGAUCUUCUUAUCUGGGAUACCCUCAGUCCUAGCAUGAUCUGCGCGGCUGAAGAAGACCCCAUCGGUGCUAUCAUUGACCACUCGUCGCCUUCCGACAUCGAGGCGGUUAUUGUGGAUGGGCAAUUCAAGAAGCGCGAUGGGCGUCUUGGAUCGAUCAAACUUGACCUUGGACUGGCACCUGAAUUGAAUCAGGAUAAGACAGAAGUACAAUGGCGUGACAUUGCGCUUGAGCUUCUCAAGAGCCGGGAAAGGAUCAUCGCCGAUGAGAAGGAACUUGGUGCUGAUGAUCGACAAUCUGCUUUCGAGAAUGGACUAGCGCUAUUUGGAGUCAAUAAGGAGAAGUUGGUAUUCUGA